AUGUAUGCCAGAAAGGCUUUGUACAAGCGCAAAUACACUGCACCAGAAACUAAGAUUGAAAAGAAGGCACGAGCACCUGGUACUGUAUCCAAGCCAGUUGGUGGAGACAAAAAUGGAGGCACCCGUAUGGUUAAGCUACGUAAAAUGCCACGAUACUAUCCGACUGAGGAUGUUCCCCGCAAGCUGCUGAGUCAUGGUAAAAAGCCCUUUUCCCAGCACAGGCGCAAGCUGCGUUCUACCAUUACUCCUGGGACAGUGUUGAUCCUUUUGAACGGGCGUCAUAGAGGAAGGCGUGUGGUGUUCCUGAAGCAACUUGGGUCUGGUUUGCUCCUUGUAACUGGUCCUUUGGUUAUAAAUCGUAUCCCACUGCGUAGGGCUCACCAGAAGUUUGUCAUUGCCACAUCUACUAAGCUCGACAUCUCUACUGUAAAAAUUCCUAAACAUCUGACUGACUCUUACUUCAAAAAGAAGAAGCUGCGCAAGCCUAAACACCAGGAGGGUGAAAUUUUUGACACGGAAAAAGAGAAAUACGAGGUAACUUCACAGCGCAAGCAGGACCAGAAGGCGGUGGACUCCCAACUUUUACCUCUCAUCAAGAAAGAGCCACAGUUCCGCGGUUACUUGCGGGCUCAGUUUUCUCUCUCCAAUGGUGUUUUUCCUCAUAAACUGGUCUUCUAA